AUGAGCGUAUUCAUAAUAGUCCUGAGGCUAUUCCGCCUCCUCCGCUUCUCUCUCUUCUUCUUCUUCCUCCUCCUCCUCGUUACCCCCAAUUGUACCAUAGCAAAAGACAAAAACGGUGGUGAUAUUGGCGAUAUUGCCUCUGGUUCUAAUACACCACCACCAUUACCACCACCUCCUCCGCCGCUAAGACGCAAUUUCUCACCAUUCAGGCCAAGCAUAGCUGUUAUUGUGGGAAUACUCACGACCUUGUUUUCUAUUACUUUUUUGUUACUUCUCUACGCCAAGCACUGCAAGAGGGGAAAUGGGUAUCCCAACGGAAGCACAAAUUCCAGAGGGUUUGUUCCGUCAACGUCGAGGAAAAACUCCGGCAUCGACCGAACGGUAAUCGAAUCACUUCCUGUGUUUCGAUUCGGGUCUUUGAGAGGCCAAAAGGACGGACUCGAAUGCGCCGUUUGCUUAAACCGAUUCGAGUCCGUCGAGGUCCUCAGAUUGCUCCCCAAAUGUAAGCACGCCUUCCAUGUCGAAUGCGUCGACACUUGGCUCGACGCCCAUUCCACUUGCCCUCUCUGUCGCUAUCGUGUCGAGCCAGAAGACAUUCUCCUGGUGGAAAAUCACAAAAUGGACGACCGUCAAUUAUCUCCACCUCCACCUCCACCUGCACCGCCGCCUCAAGAAGAUGAGGAGAGGGAUUUACGGAGGGUUUCCGGCAGACACUCGUCGGCCGGGGAAAGAGGGAGUGGGACCCUACAGAUAAUAGUGGAGAGACAGGGAGUGUCAGGAAUUUCCAAAACGACGUCGUUUACUGGCCGCAGAUCGUUCGAUAGUUCCGACAAGAAGAAGAAAAACAUGGUGGAAAAUGUGUCCAUUGGCUGCUUCGAGAAGCCCAGAAAAGACGGGCUCUUAUUAAACGAAGGAACGACGUCGGAUAGGACAAGCUUUGACCGGCGAUUCGAGCACCGGAUCGUAGUUUCCGGCGGGAGUGCCGGGAGUUGUGGGGCCCACCACAGGUGGAGCGACGUACAGCCGUCGGAUCUUCUGUAUCUACGGUCGGAAAUGAUCAUCGGUGACAGCCGUAGAUUCUCCAGAGCUUGGGGAUCAACGUCAAUUGCCAGUGGCAUUGAUGAGGGGAGGAAAGAUGGGCGGCGGCAGAAAGAGAAGGAGCAGAGUGGCAGAAGCGUAAUAAAUGUGAGAAGCGUGUCGGAAAUCACGGGAUUGAGCAGGGUGAGUAAUGAGGACCAUAACCACCGCCAGCGGUGGCGACAGCGACAGAGACAAGAGAGGGUGGUGGCGAGGUGGUUGGCCUGGAUUUCUCAAUCAAAGCCAGCUGUACAGUCCGGACAAGCUUCUGAUGUUGUUUAG